UAUAAUUCUAUUGAAAAGGGCAUAGCAACACUAUCUGGAAAAUUGGCAGGUAUUACUCUACCAAUCGAUCACUUUGGGACGUAUCUAGAUACACAAGGUAAAGUGAUUAAUCCAGAAUUGGCUCUUCAAAACUUUCGAUAUGCCGGAGAG